CUGUCAUUAUCGCGCAUGCUCAGUAACAGUUGUUUUGUUUACCACACUGUCUUUGCCUGAGAUAGCAGAGGACUGCCUGACACAAGCGGACUCAAUAAACAGCUUAAAUUACCUUUCCGGGUAAAUUAUGUCUGUGAAACACGCUAUUAGCCGGGGGCUCGAGUUAGGCCGCUCGGUCUUUCAGCUGGGUCUCCUGAAAUCGGGUGGCCGAGUCGCAGCAAAGCUCCGAGCUGACCGUUUCCGUGUAGGCCCGUCGGUCCGCACCGUUCAGCCUCAGGCUUUCCUGCCGUCUCGGUACCGCUAUUACCGCACCUCUUUGAAGGGCCUGGCAGCCCAUCUUCAGUCCGCCGGCUUCAGGAGAAGGUUUAGCGGCGGGUCCCCGCGAAACAGGGCCGUGUUUUUGGCUUUCGGCCUCGGUGUGGGGCUUAUCGAACAACAGCUUGAAGAUGACAGAAGUAGUGCGGCUACAUGUGAGGAGAUCCAGGCAGUGUUUAGAAAGAAAAGAUUCCAGAGCCCACUCAAGCCAUUCACUUCUGGAUAUAAAUUGGAGGAUUACAUUAUUGGGAAUCAGAUUGGGAAAGGCUCCAAUGCGGCUGUGUAUGAGGCUGCAGCUCGGUUUGCCCCUCCAAAGGACAGUACCAACAAGUGCUCCACGGUGCAGCUGAGGGAAGAGGAAGAGGAAGGGGAGACGGCUCGAUCUCUGACAUGCUGCUCGCUAAGAACCUUCCCUAUGGCUGUCAAGAUGAUGUGGAACUUUGGGGCCGGGUCAUCAAGUGAGGCGAUAUUAAAAUCCAUGUCACAGGAGCUGGUGCCUGCAGGCCCCCUGGCCUUAAAGCAGGAAAAAGAAGAAAUCGCUCUGGAUGGACAGUUUGGAGUCCUGCCCAAGCGAGUAUCAGCACACCCUAAUGUGAUCAGAGUGUACCGGGCUUUCACAGCGGAUGUCCCAUUGCUAGCAGGUGCCCAAGAAGAGUAUCCAGAUGUACUGCCAGCCAGGCUUAACCCUGCUGGUCUUGGCAACAAUCGCACUCUUUUCCUCGUCAUGAAGAACUACCCUGGCACGCUGCGACAGUACUUGGAAAUGUCCACACCAGGCCGCAGGCAGGCCUCUCUGAUGGUGCUGCAGCUCCUUGAGGGGGUUGACCACCUGUGCAGACAGGGUGUUGCUCACAGGGAUCUCAAAUCGGACAACGUGCUGUUGGAGUUUGACUCAGAUGGUUGUCCUCGUUUAGUGAUUACUGACUUUGGCUGCUGCUUGGCUCAGAGUGACUCUAAGCUACAGCUGCCCUUCAACAGCAUGUGGGUCAACAGAGGAGGGAAUGCCUCCCUAAUGGCCCCUGAGGUGGCCACGGCAGUUCCGGGGUGGGGUGUGGUGAUUGACUACAGCAAGGCGGAUGCCUGGGCAGUGGGUGCCAUCUCCUAUGAGAUAUUCGGCCAGCCUAACCCAUUCUAUCGAGCAGUGGGACUGGAGAGCAGGAGUUACCAGGAGAAGCAGCUUCCUCCUCUGCCCUCCAGUGUUCCAGCUGAUGUGCAGUUAGUGAUCCAGUUACUCCUCAGGAGGAACCCAAGCAAGCGCCCCAGUGCCCGUGUGGCAGCUAACAUGCUACAUCUUAGCCUCUGGGGGCGGAAGGCCCUGGCCAACCAGGACAGCGUUGGCUUGAGGAAGCUGGCUGAUUGGCUGCUGUGCCAGUCUGCUGUGGUUCUCCUGAAGGGCUGUAGUGGACUCAGGGGGAAUAUAGUGGAGGCGGAGCUUCAGAGGAGCUUCCUGUCUAACCUGGACCUGGAGGACCUGCGCACCGCUGUCGGCUUCCUACUGUACGGGCGAGAGCAGCGUCAGGCCUGCGUUCUGUCUGCAUAGAUCCGCUCUCACUUAUUCAGACAGAUAGCUUAAGUUUGAUAUGACUGGGAGCCUUGAAUAGAUUUUCAGUUUGACAUUUUUUGUUGUAAUCUUUAUAGUUUUGGCCUUUUUAAAUACAAUAUCUAUUAAGGCAAACUCCACUGACACUGUACUCCUACACUGUUGUACGUCUGUGACUGACAUCAGCAGUUAUUGUGAAUUAUCAAAUGGUGUAAUUCACCCCUAAAAUAGUGCUGUCUAUUGCUGCUAAAAUUCCUGAUCUGCAUUUCCCAGCGUGUUGUCACAAACUCAGCAUCACCACAGCAUCAGCAGGAGUUAAAUCAAAGUGCUACUAGUGCCCCUUUAUGCAAAAUGCAGUAGGUCUUGUGGGUGUAUGACAUCACAGACUAUAUACAGGCUACUGUUGGUGGAGAAAAGACCUUGGUAUCUCUGUGUAUUCUAAGAUUAAGUUUUCCCUAAAUGAGUGUUGUUUGUCAGCAACAUACUACUAAAUUGGCCCAGAAAUGCAAGGUACCAAUGGCUGCUGGUAUUUGUUUAUAAGAGUGGAUAUUUACUUUUACAAGCUCUGAUGCACCUUAGAUAUUUGCUAAGAAAGACAGUCGUUGUUACCUGUGUGUUUGAUUAAAGUUGGUCUGUGUAGACGUUUUGGACUGAUAAAGAUGAAGGCCAAUGCAGGUAGUUAUGCCUUAUGGCCCUGACGCACCAACCCGAUUUUCGACUUUUUUGACCAACUCGGAGAGGCAGUCAGUCCGACUGCCUUUUCUGCUGAAGGUCAGCCGUUAGGUUGAUGUGUCAGAGCCUUUAGAGUAAAAAGUGCACACUGCACUUGUCAGACCCUACUGUGUAGGGUGACAUUAUGUUUUACAUGUUUACAGGUAACAUGCAGCCUUAGUUCGUCCAUCAAACUGUCAGCUAAAAACGGGUUGGGGUGACUGUGUAAGGGUGUGAGCCAAACAAUCACUUAUUCCCCCAUUCUGCACAUCGUAAUGCAUGAAAAAUCCUC